UCGAAGAUAGUGACAAGAGAAGUUGAGUUUUAGCUACGAAGACAGUAGCAAUUACGAACGAUUACGAAGGCACCAGUUAUGGAAUCACUUAAUUAUAUUCCAAAAUACUAUCUAGGAUGAGAUGCCAGACUACACGGCGUCACAUCCCAAAAGACUGUAAUAUUCAUAGCAAUCGGUUUGAGAUCCUCAAAUUUCACUGAAAAUUGUAUUGUCUUCGAUACUGACAUCCCAUCUUGCCACUUACGAUUCGUCGAACUGUAGGUUUGCGACCAUAACGAUAUGUCGAACAGAACUUAGUCGAGCAGACGUUUAUAAAUAUGUUUUUACAAUUUGUUUAAUUGGCGAAAUAUGCAAUAUGGAAACUUCUGAACUGUAAUGAUUCACUGCACAUUAUUUAAAUAGGUUAUGGGUGUUGUGUUGUGCAUCGGGGUAUAACUAUGUGGUGCGAUAACACUAUAAGUUUUGCACCAAAUGUUUGUCGGCUGUGUGCCAGCGUUAGUGAGGUUGUCAUUCCAAUGUUUGGUAAAGAAGGGGAAAAAGAAAGAAUUGAUCUAAAAAUCAGGAAAUGUUUACCUAUUGUUGUAAGGGAAGAAGACUGCAAGCCAAAGCAGGUAUGCUUCACAUGUGUCUCCAAGCUUGAGGUGUGCAUGGAUUUGGUUGAGCAAUGUCUUGCUGCAGAAUUCAAGUUUGAGUCAGUACUGCAGGCCAGGUUUGCAGUUCUUAAAGGAAUUGGGGCUGAAGCAACAUCUCUACAAAAUGAAGUGGAUCCCCAGAAGAAUGGGACAGUACAUGACACAGGACUGGGAGUCGUGCCAUUAUUGGGUCCUCGACCAACCCGUGUAUGGCCUGAAGAUAUUGAGAAAGCUGAUCAAAAUGCAGGAAACACAUUGACUGUACAGCAUGAUGGAAGUGUAAUUGUACUGAGCAAAGUUGAUGCUGAGACUGUGGGACAGCAUCCUCGAGAAGAAUGUCAGGAUAUCUUGCUUAUGGUAGAAUUGAAGUACAAAGAUGUGACAGAGCCACAGCAGUCAAAGGCUCCACCAAUUACAUAUUCAGUGGAACCUCAUGAAAGUAUUAUAUCCAAAGCACAAACUCAGUCAUUCACAACUGAAGCAAAUAAAGUACACACAGUCACUUACACAAAUGAGGUACCAACAGUCUCAACAUCUAAAACUCAUACUCUUUCGUACACUAUAGAGCCACAGUCUGUUUCUUCUACCAAAGCUUACACACUAACCUACACGACAGACACACAACCUAUUACUGCUGCAAAAACCCAAACUAUUGCAUACACUACUGAAACACAGCCUAUUAAUGUGUCAAAGAUCCAGACAUUUUCGUAUACUACAGACAAUAUAAAUAAACCACAGACAAUUACUUACACUGCAGAACCAAAUUCAGAGUCAUCUGAAAAGACCCAUGCGCUUGUUUAUACAGCAAAUCAACAUCCUAUGUCUCUUGCAAAGGCAGAAAAUAUAAACUUUACAGGAGAAUUACAACCUGUAGCCUUAACAAAGGGUCAUAUGCUGUCAUAUACAGCUGAUGAACCUUCUGCAUUGACUGGUAAAACUCUCCUUACUUAUGCAGCUGAACACAGUAUAAGCAAUGGUGCCAAAGCACACCUCUUGACAUACAGUUCAGAACAGACACCACCAGAUGCAACCAGCAAGACUCCAACAUUAGCUUAUACGGCAGAACUUCAACCCAGCACAUUAGUGACCAAGUCUUCUCAAGUACUUGAUGAUGUAACAGAGAUUCUGCCAGAUACAAGCACCAAGAAUGCAUCACUUGGCUUCCCAUCUGAAUCACACGAAGUUCUGUCACUGGAAUCCACCAUACCUCAACAGACAACUAUACUGAUUGACACUGAUAAGUACAAGGGAACAGUUGGAGAGGGAGACAUUAGUCCUUCCCGUCCAGAGAAACCAUUCCCAUGCACAGAGUGUGGCAAGUCAUUCAUGCGUCGCACUAACUUAAAUGCCCACAUGGGUGUGCACACUCAGGUACGUCCACAUAGCUGUGAACAAUGUGGCAAAAGCUUUGUGCUUCGUUGGGAUUUAACACUACACCAACGCAUUCAUGCAGGGCUGUUCUCAUGUGAGUUCUGUAACAAAGCUUUUAGUGUUCGUGGAAAAUUGGAAAGGCAUAGGCGAACACAUACUGGUGAACGCCCAUAUCCAUGCACCACAUGUGGUAAAGCUUUUGGGGACAAACGCAACCUGGAGUCACAUACACGUACACAUUCAGGUGAACGCCCUUUUGUGUGUGGUACCUGCGGACGGAGGUUCCGUGUGCGCUCACAUCUUUCAGACCAUCGACGGGUUCAUUCACAGGAGGCUCCUUAUACUUGUGACGUGUGUGGUAAAUCAUUCAAAUGGAAAACAAACCUAAACAUUCACCUAAAGGUACAUGCUGGUGAACGUUUUCCAUGUAGUGAAUGUGGGCGUGAGUUUGCUCGUCGAGCCGAUCUUGCUAAACAUCGGCGUUCUCACUCAGGUGAUCGUCCUCAUGUUUGUGGAAUCUGUGGAAAGAGUUAUGGUGACAAAGCCAUGCUCCAAAAACACCUCAAAUCACACAACGAACACAAACCAUUCUCAUGUGAUAUAUGUGGAAAAAGUUUCCACUUCCAUUGGUAUCUCACUACACACAAAAAGACCCAUGCAGAAGAAGGUACUUUUGGUUGUGUUCAGUGUGGCAAAGUUUUCAGCAAACGAGGUAAUCUGUUGAGCCAUGCAAAAUGUCAUGUUGUUGAUUCUGCUGUUGGCGUGAAAACUCAUCCUUCUGACCUUGAAUCAUCAGUGCUGCAGGAGGUAGCUCCAGGAGUUGAGGCCACCCUCUGAGAUACCAUUAGAGUAUUAGUUUCAAUAAGGAGUAUGUAUCUCUUCUGCUUACAAAAUAAGUCUUGGUCUUAAAAGGGGUUUUUUUUUGCAAUACCUAAAAGUUGUCUCAUACUUUGCAUUUUUCAUUAUGCGUUUAGAGUGAUCUUGUUCAUGUUCUGUUUAUGUACUCCAUACUGUAACAGCUUUCAGCUAUAACUCUGAAAACAUGCUGUACUUUGGAAUGUGAAGUGGUUUUUGGAAGAUGGACCUGUCAGUCUGGUUGGUUGCAUUUAUCCACACAUUCAGUUAGUAAAGUUGCUGGUUAUGGGCUGAUUGAUCAGGGGUUUAUUCCUGCCUAGAACAGGAACUUUUAUCCUUGCUGCAACAUCCAGAUUAGUCCUGGGACUCUUCCCACCUUUUUCUGUAUUUCCCUGGGAGUGGAGUAUCCACAGCAUGAGGCUGACAACCUAGCUCCAUCUGUUGCAGUGUGAUGUUUAGACCCAGAGAACUUCACAGUUGUAAAGCACAUAUUCAUACAGUCAUCUUCAGCAAAUGUGUUUAUCUUAGAUUGUACAACAGAAUUGUAAACCUGACUUAAUUUCAUAUUAUACCUUACUGAGGAUAUAUUAUACCACACAGAGUUUCCAUUAUUCUUUUAGUUCCCAGUUUAUGGAAACUUUGUGAGAUUUGUAGUGCUCUCUUCUAUCCUUAAGAUGGAUGCAACAUAUUCCACCAAAAUAUCAGUAAUAAUCUACCAGGCUACAUGAUAUCACUUCCUAAAAGACAGUCUCAUGGAAGACAGUAUUCUUUAUAGACACUUCAUGAUCAACUGAUGGGGGCACACAGUAGCGUAGUUGGUUGAGGCACUAUGCUACUUGCUGGAAGGUCACAGGUUCAA